UGCAGAGUUCAAUUGGUUCGAAAAUUAUUCUUGGGCUAAUGGAUGUGUAAUUAUUGGCUACUGCAUUUUGUGUGUAUAGGAUCAGUGUCGAUCGGUAAACCUAGGAAAUAAAUUUUAACCGUAGAUUAAGGAGUAAGUCGUGUGGUGUACGUUUCAAAUUCUACAACAUGAAUACUUCCGGUUGGCACAAGUUCCUGCUACUGUUGUGGAAGAACUGGAUAAUCGCGAAGCGUCACUACUUUCAAACUUUUUUCGAAAUAGCCAUUCCGAUCAUUGCUUCAACGCUCCUUAUUCUGAUUCGUGGCUUGGUAGAUGCGGAGGUGUACAAGGAUAAUCUAGUCUUUUCUCCACUUGACCUUAAUCGAGUAUCACAUCUGGGUGACUUCGAUCCACCGAUCCAGUUCAUAAUGGGAUUCUCUCCGAGGAAUGUAAUUUUAGAGAGAGUCGUUGAGAACUCCGCGCGAAUUCUGGGUGACUCAGCUUUGCAGGUGAUGCCGUUUGAUAAUAGUGCCACAAUGGGAAUUUUUCUGCAGAACGAGAACGUUAUAGUCGGAGUUGAGUUUCCUGAUUCUUAUCUGAAUAUAGAAACCCUCCCAGAGCAGGUCGAGUUCGCGUUGCGUUAUCCGGCAGAAAUGCGUACCCACACGGUCGUAGGUACUGAAUCAUGGAAUCACUGGCAAACGAAUCGCCUAUUUCCCCAGUUCGACAUCGCUGGACCUAGGAGUCCACUUCGUGACGAUGGUGGUUAUCCUGCGAACUAUCACAUGGAGAGUUUUGCCCAGAUUCAGAGUGCUGUUUCGCGGGCAAUUGUUUUAGAACACAGCGCAAGCAUGCAGCUUCCGAUUGUUGAACUGAGGCGAUAUCCUCAUCCACCCUUCUAUAGUGAUCCACUCCUACUCGGUCUUGAAAAUCUGCUGCCAAUCAUUAUAAUUGUAGCAUUUUUCUACACCUGCAUAAAUACUGUUAAGUACAUUACGGUUGAGAAAGAAUUACAACUGAAGGAAUCGAUGAAGAUCAUGGGUUUGUCAAGCUGGUUGCACUGGACGGCUUGGUAUGUGCGUACGAAGUUUCAACUGCUGAUCUCGAUCUCGCUGGUUACCGUUUUUAUUUGUGUGAGUAUGACUGGUAACACACAUCUGGCAGUUCUCACGUUCGCUGAGUGGUCCGUCGUUUGGGUGUACCUGUUUGUCUACAGUAUUGCGAUUAUAAUGUUUUGCUUUAUGAUGAGUACAUUUUUUUCGAAAGCGAACACAGCUUCCGGGAUCGCUGGUUUGAUGUGGUUUGUAUUCGUUAUGCCGUACAAUAUAGCGUUUCUGAGCUACGAUGAAAUAUCGCUGGGAGCUAAGAUGGUGCUCUGCUUGUUUCACAACUCGGCUAUGUCAUUUGGACUAAUGCUAAUGAUGCGUCACGAGGGAACGACUACUGGUGUACAGUGGUCUAAUUUGUUUUCUCCGGUUACCGUGGAUGACGACCUGAGUGUUGGGUUAACGAUGGUGAUGCUGCUGGUUGACUCGGUAAUUUACCUGCUCAUCGCUCUAUACGUGGAAAAAGUAUUUCCUGGAAAAUACGGAGUAGCACAACCAUGGUAUUUUCCAUUCACCAAAAGAUUCUGGAACAAUAAGGCUGACACUAUUCUAACUACAGAAAACAGACCUGACGAGGAUUCUGCUAACAGAGAACCAGAACCCGUAGGACUGCACGCAGGUAUUCAAAUCCGAGGACUACGCAAGGAAUACGACAAAGCCAAGAUAGCUGUUCGCGGUUUACACUUGAACAUGUAUGAAAAUCAAAUUACGGUUCUGUUAGGCCACAAUGGGGCAGGAAAGACCACCACAAUGUCAAUGCUGACAGGAGUGUUUUCGCCAACUUCGGGAACAGCUCUCAUCGAUGGUUGCGAUAUUCGAAGAAACAUAGAUGGGGCAAGACGUUCGCUAGGAUUGUGUCCGCAGCAUAACGUCUUGUUCAACGAACUGACCGUUGCUGAGCAUAUUAAGUUUUUCGCCAGAUUAAAAGGUGUACACCCGAAAGAAAUUCCAAACGAAAUACAGCACUAUGUAAAUAUUUUGGAACUAAAGGACAAAACACACGCCGAGUCGCAUACUUUGUCUGGUGGGAUGAAAAGAAAACUUGCAGUUGGUGUGGCCCUUUGCGGUGGUUCCAAGGUUGUGGUAUGCGAUGAACCAACAUCCGGGAUGGAUCCCGCGGCCAGACGUGCGUUAUGGGAUCUGUUGAUCCAGGAGAAGAAGGGACGAACGAUACUGCUGUCAACACAUUUCAUGGACGAAGCAGACAUACUUGGAGACAGAAUAGCGAUUAUGGCCGACGGAGAGCUCAAGGCAGCAGGGUCGUCUUUUUUCUUAAAAAAGAAAUUUGGCGUUGGAUAUCGGCUGAUUUGUGUCAAGCAGAACGAAUGUAUACCAGGGCAUGUAACCGAGCUGAUUCAGCGUUAUCUUCCGAGCGUGGAGAUCGACACCGAUUUAGGAACCGAGCUUUCCUAUGUGCUGGGAGAAAAUCAAACAAACGUUUUUCAUAGUCUUUUGAAAGAUCUAGAAGAGAAUGCAGAGCGAUUGAACGUUUCAAGUUACGGAAUAUCUUUAACAACACUGGAGGAAGUGUUUUUAAAAAUUGGUGGUGAUACGAGUGCCACUGAAGGCGACGAAACGGAUUUGAAAGAGCAUGACAGUGAGGAUCAUUUCAGUGUUUCAAACACAACAAUCAAUUUAGCAGAAGAUGAAAAACUUUUGAAGGGAACCACUCUGCGUUUCAGUCAAAUCCAUGCAAUGUUUGUAAAGAAAUUCAUGGUUACUUACAGAAGCUUGGUAGCAUUCCUGGUUCAAAUUUUUAUUCCAAUAUUCUUCGUUAUCAUGACCAUUGCAAUAGUCCGCUCAUUUCCCCAAAUUGGUAUGUUGCCCUCGCUGCGAAUAUCGUUUACCAAUUACCUAAGGACCACAACUGUUCUCGAAUCUGCCGGUGGAAAUCCAGAACUAGUAACCGCAUAUCAACAGCUCUUCGUCGACAAAGAAUCUGACACGAAGCUCGUAACUAUCACGGAAUCAAUGACAGAUUACAUUUUGCGUAGGGCUGUAGAAAAUGAACCAUUGGUUAUGAAUGAAUUUUUAGUUGGAGCGACAAUUUCCCCGAACAUUAUUACUGUGUGGUUUAAUGCACAAGGUUUCCAUACAGUUCCAUUAACUAUCAACACACUGUACAACGCGCUGCUUCAUACCGUGUGCUUGAGCUGUUCGAUAAGCGUGGAUAACAGGCCGUUGCCAUUCCGACCGGAUACUAGGUUUGCCCAGCUACAAAUCGGCAACAGUAUGGGAUUCCAGUUGGCCUUCAACACGGGAUUCGCAAUGGCUUUCGUCACGGCACUAUACAUAAUGUUCUACAUUAAGGAACGUGUCAGCCGAGCUAAACUCCUUCAGUUUGUCAGCGGAGUAAACGUACUCAUAUUCUGGACGGUAUCGUUUCUGUGGGAUUACAUGACUUACAUCAUAACGGUUCUUUUUUACAUUGCAACACUGGCCAUCUUCCAGGAGAAUGGUUGGUCCACGUUCGAAGAGCUUGGUCGAGUGUUUCUAAUCCUCAUGGUGUUCGGCUUUGCAUUUCUGCCGCUCACAUAUCUACUGUCGCUGUAUUUCGAUGUACCGGCCGGUGGGUUCGUGAAAGUGAUGUUGCUGAAUAUUUUUACCGGAAUUAUUUUUUUUAUGGCGGUAUUCAUGCUAUCGUUCGACGGUUUUGACUUGGCGGAUGUUGCCAAUGGACUGGAAUGGGGCUUCAUGAUAUUCCCACUUUUCGCGCUCAGCCAUGCCUUAAGUAAUAUGAACAUAGCUUCGAUGACAGAGCAAAUUUGCAAUGCACAGUGCGAAAUAAUUCCGGGAUGCACACCCGAUCUUAUGUGCCAGUUGUUUCCAAAUUGUUGCGGCGUAAACAUUUUCUCCUGGGAUAUUUCUGGCAUCAAUCGGAAUUUAAUGUUCAUGACCGGAUUGGGAAUUGGAUGCUUUUCAAUAUUAAUGGUGAUAGAAUAUCGAUUAAUCACAAAACUAUUCAGCAGUUUAAGCUCAUCCAAAAAAACACCACAGAACUAUUCCGAAAACAUCGACCAGGAUGUUCUGGAUGAGAAACAACGUAUUCAAAACAUGGGAAUGGCAGAUAUUAACGCCACUCACUUAGUACUGCGAGACGUAACGAAAUAUUACAAAUCUUUUCUAGCAGUCAACCAGUUGUCGGUUUCUGUAGAACACUCUCAGUGCUUUGGGUUACUAGGAAUCAAUGGCGCUGGCAAGACGUCAACGUUCAAAAUGUUAACCGGUGAUGAGGAUAUUUCCUCGGGGGAUGCUUGGGUUAAUGGAUUUUCAUUGAAAACAAACAUAACAAGCGUUCAUCAGCAGAUCGGUUACUGUCCACAGUUUGAUGCUUUGAUUGAUGAUUUGACCGGCAGAGAAACGUUGAAAAUCUUCUCUCUAUUACGAGGUGUACCAAAACAAGAUAUCCCUACAGUGUCACUAAGACUAGCGAGCGAAUUAAACUUCCUCAAGCAUAUAGAUAAGCGGACUAAACAAUACAGUGGCGGAAAUAAGCGAAAGCUAAGUACCGCUCUUGCAUUACUAGGAAACCCUUCGGUUGUUUAUCUCGAUGAACCAACCACCGGAAUGGAUCCAGGAGCGAGGCGAAUGCUUUGGAAUGUGAUUUCCAAAGAACGUGAUUCAGGUAAAUCGAUCGUUCUAACCUCGCACAGUAUGGAAGAGUGUGAAGCUUUGUGUACAAAGUUGGCCAUCAUGGUGAACGGCGAAUUCAAGUGCAUUGGUUCAACACAGCAUUUGAAGAACAAAUUUUCCAGCGGAUAUUACCUAACGAUUAAGGUGAAAAAGGAAGCCUUUGAGACGAGCUCAGAGCCACUUGCUGAAAUAAAGGCCUUUGUAGAGAAAAAACUGCCAGAUGCACAAUUGAAGGAAGAAUAUCUGGAAUCUAUAACUUAUCACAUUAUGAGUAUAACCUUACGAUGGUCGACGUUGUUCGGGUUGAUGGAGGAGGCCAAGCGACAGCUGGAGAUUGAAGAUUAUAUUUUACGACAAACAACAUUGGAACAAGUGUUUCUAUCAUUUACAAAAUAUCAACAAAUAACAAAUGGUUGAAAAGUUAGGUGAUUUAC